AUGGAGCGCGUGGUGCUGGGCAUGCAGGACCCGGACAUGGGCAUCAAGCUGCGCAGUCAGCGCCUCCUGCUCACGGUCAUCCCGCACGCCAUGACCGGAAGCGACAUCGUGGAGUGGCUCCUGCAGAAAUACGGCCUCUCGGAAGAGGAGUCCCUGCACCUGGGCAAGCUGAUCGUGAAGCACGGCUACAUCUACCCGCUGAAGGAGCCCCGCAGCCUCGCCCUGCGCGUCGACGAGACGCCCUACCGCUUCCAGACCCCCUAUUUUUGGAUGAGCACCAAGUGGCCAGCGACAGACCUGGAUUAUGCCAUCUACCUGGCCAAGAAGAACAUCCGGAAGCAGGGAGAGCUCAUUGAGCAUGAGAAGGAAGAUUACAACCAGCUCCACAAGAGGAUCAACCACACCUGGGACUUUGUGGUGAUGCAGGCCAGAGAGCAGCUCCGGGCAGCCAAGCAGCGGCGGAAAGGCGACCGGAUUGUCAUCGAGUGCCAGGAACAGGCCUACUGGCUCGUCAACAGGCCCCCGCCUGGCAGCCUGAACGUGAUGGAGGAAGGGCCUGAGAGGAGGAACUGCCAGAGCACCCGAGUCCAGCUGGAAAAGAACACAGAUCAUUACAAACGGGAGAUCCGCUACUGCCGCGCUGCCAUGGGCAGGACAAGGGUCAAGUCUUCCGUCUGCCUGGAAGGGUACCUCAAGUUCAACGAGCAAUACGUGCCGCACGACCCCAUCAUGUCCGGAUGCCUCCCCAGUAAUCCCUGGAUCACAGACGACACCACCUACUGGGCCAUGAACGCCCCCACGGUGACGGCCCCCACCAAGCUGCGAGUGGAGCGCUGGAGCUUUGGCUUCAGUGAGCUGAUCGGGGACACCCUGGGCCGGGUGCAGCUCCUGGAGUUCCUCAAGAAGGAGUUCAGCGCCGAGAACCUGAGCUUCUGGGAGGCCUGCGAAGAGCUGCGCUACGGAGAGCAGGGCCGGAUCGAGGAGAUCGUGGACUCCAUCUACCAGCAGUUCCUGGCCCCCGGGGCCACCCGCUGGGUGAACAUCGACAGCAAGACGAUGGAGCGGACCCUGGAAGGGAUAAAGACCCCCCACCGCUACGUCAUGGAUGAUGCCCAGAUGCACAUCUACAUGCUGAUGAAGAAGGACUCCUACCCUCGCUUCCUGAAGUCCGAUCUCUACAAGAACCUGUUGGCCGAGGCUGUCAUCCCCCCGGAGACUAAGAAGCGGUGA